AUGUCCGACGAGGGCAUUCUCCUCCACGCGCCCUCCCGCAUCAUUGCGAACAACCCGUUACGAGCAAAAGAGGCCCCGAUCCAUCUUAGCAGCAAAUACCCGGUCAUCGACCACGAAUAUGAUGCGCUCGUUGUUGGUGCGGGUGGCUCGGGUCUGCGAGCAGCCUUCGGUCUAGCCGAAGCUGGUUUCAACACGGCUUGUAUAUCGAAGCUCUUUCCUACGCGAAGUCACACGGUCGCCGCCCAAGGUGGCAUCAAUGCUGCGCUAGGAAACAUGCACGAAGACGACUGGAGAUGGCACAUGUACGAUACCGUCAAGGGUUCGGAUUGGCUGGGUGACCAGGAUGCUAUUCACUACAUGACAAGAGAAGCCCCCCAGUCUAUCAUUGAGCUGGAAAACUAUGGUUGCCCGUUCUCGAGAACAGAGGAUGGCAAAAUUUACCAACGCGCUUUCGGUGGUCAAUCUCGAGAGUACGGAAAGGGUGGUCAGGCGUACCGGUGUUGCGCUGCCGCCGACCGAACAGGCCACGCUCUUCUACACACCCUCUACGGUCAAUCUCUACGGCAUCAAACCAACUACUUCAUCGAGUUCUUCGCCAUUGAUCUGAUCAUGGAAGAUGGCGAAUGCCGAGGUGUCUUGGCCUACAACCAGGAAGACGGCACUCUGCACAGAUUCCUCGCACAGAACACGGUUUUGGCUACUGGUGGCUACGGUCGAGCCUACUUCAGCUGCACGUCAGCGCAUACUUGCACUGGUGAUGGAAUGGCCAUGGUUGCUCGUGCCGGUCUGCCCAACCAGGAUCUCGAGUUCGUCCAGUUCCAUCCCACAGGUAUCUACGGAGCUGGCUGCCUGAUCACUGAAGGCUCUCGUGGUGAGGGUGGUUACCUCUUGAACUCCGAGGGUGAGAGAUUCAUGGAGCGAUACGCUCCUACUGCCAAGGAUCUUGCCAGUCGUGACGUUGUCUCCCGAUCCAUGACUAUGGAAAUCCGGGAGGGUCGCGGUGUUGGUCCCGACAAGGAUCACAUCUACCUGCAACUGAGCCAUUUGCCCGCGGAAGUGCUUCACGAGCGUCUGCCCGGUAUCUCUGAGACUGCCGGCAUCUUCGCAGGUGUCGACGUCCGAAAGCAACCCAUCCCUGUUCUGCCAACCGUCCAUUACAACAUGGGUGGUAUCCCGACACGGUACACUGGAGAAGUCCUCACUGUUGAUGAGCAGGGCAAUGACCAGGUCGUCCCUGGUCUGUUUGCUUGUGGUGAAGCCGCCUGCGUCUCUGUCCACGGUGCUAACCGUCUGGGAGCCAACUCGCUACUCGAUCUUGUCGUUUUCGGUCGUGCCGUUUCUCACACAAUUCGAGACAACUUCACCCCAGGCACGAAGCCCAAGCCGAUCAGCGCUGAUGCUGGUGCCGAAUCCAUUGAGACACUCGACCAAAUCCGCAACUCGGACGGCCCGAAGUCGACGGCUGAGAUCAGACUGGCUAUGCAGAAGGCCAUGCAGACUGAUGUGAGCGUCUUCCGAACCCAAGAGAGCUUGGACGAGGGUGUCAAGAAGGUCACCGAGAUCGAUGGCAUGUUCCCCCAGGUUGGUAUCAAGGAUCGCAGCAUGAUCUGGAACACGGAUCUCGUUGAGACCCUUGAGUUGAGAAACUUGCUCACUUGCGCUUCCCAAACUGCCGUUGCGGCGUCGAACCGCAAGGAGUCACGUGGAGCUCACGCCCGUGAGGACUACCCUGAGCGAGACGAUGAGAACUGGAUGAAGCACACUCUCACAUUCCAGAAGAAGCCGCAUGGUGGCGUCGACCUCGGCUACAGGCGAGUCAUUGGAACAACGCUGGACGAGGCUGAGUGCAAGGCUGUUCCACCGUUCAAGCGUACUUACUAA